AUGAUGAAUUUAUACAAAAUCUUGCAAAUAGCUUUCCUUCUUUCAUUUAUCUCUUGCGAAAAACAACAAAUAGAAGGUCCUAACCAAUCUCAAUAAUAAACCAGUUUAAAUAUUUCUUCAGAUCAAUAAGUUGAUAAAAAUUUUUAGACAAGCAGAAACGAUUUAUUAAAUAACAUCAGUAGUACUAUCAGAAUAACACAACAGAGUUAGGCAAAUAAUAUAUCUACAUUAAAUGGAUUUUCUGUUUCUAAUUAAUCUACAGUUCAACUCGCUUAAGGUGAAAUUAUAGACAAUUUUUAUUAUUCUGAAACCCUUUAAUGCUUCUUUGUUAUUACUGAAUAACAAAACUUUAUUUACUUCAAUCCUAACGCAACUGACAUUUCAUAAAGAUAGCAAUUGAUUUUUAAUGUUUCUCAAAGAAAAGACGACAAAAAAUUUAUUAGAAAAUUUUACUAUAGUGAAACUUAUAAAUAUAUGAUAGUUCUAUUUGAUAACUAGCCUACAUAUAUGUUUAAUAACUUUAAUUAAAAUCUUUUCAGUGGUAGCAGCUCUCUUUCAUCGCUAAUAGAAGUUUACAUGUUUUCAGUAAACUCUGAAAACAUGAUUAAAGUACAAUUUUAGAUUCAGGUAAGUGAAAUAUUAACAGGAGCAACUCUUAUGUCUCCUAUCAUAGACUUUAGUGUAUCGAGUGAUGAUAUCAAAUUUAUGUAUUUAACAAAUCAAAACAUUCAAGUGUAUGAAACGAACAUCUUGGGCAAUAUUUAAUUUUAUCCUACUUUCAAUUUACAAAACACUAACUCCUAGAAUCCUUUUUCAAAUGGAUUUUCAAAGCUUUACUUCUCUUAAAAUUUAAUUAUCAUUAUGAAUAAUUUGCAAGGCCUUAUUUGUUAUCGUAUAGAUACUAAACUAUGGUAUGCUGGAAUUAUCACUUACACUAAUCCUACAUUUCAAUUUAUUUAUCUAAGCAAAACAUUUUUCAUAUUUUUUGGAACGAAUAUUCAAUAAGGUAGCUUAACAACAUUUUAACUUGUGCUCUAGGAUACUCCAGUCAAUAAGGCUCUAAACAGCACUAAUAUUUCAUUAUUUAGUUCGAUCCCUUUAUUUAUUACCAUCAGUUAAAAUUUCAUGCUCGCUGUUUUGUAAAGCAGUACGGUAGCAAUUUAUUAAAUUGUCGACAAUAACUCAAGCUUAAGUUAAUUCAAUUUUGUUCUCUCUUAAACUCUUUAAAUAUAGCAGAAUAUAAUUUAGCUGCAAAUGACAUCAUAUGCUCUCAUUAUCUUGAACUAUAAAUAGUUAUCUAUUUUUUCAAGAAUAGAUAUCUCUACUCCAGUCUAGACCAACUAUGUUAGCUUAUAUGCUUCAUAGAAUGUUUGGUAGACAUCUAGUAAUGCCCAGUAAGCGUCUUUCUGCGCUUUUUAUAAUAAUAUUGUCUAUAUAUUAUCAUCAUCUAGUAUAUUUAUUAGCUCCUAAAACUAAGCUGUUAGCACAAUACCAGUUGCAAAUAGUAAUCCAAUCAUUCUAUUUGGAGUAUUUGCAUAUCCUCUUUCUUACUAUUACUUAGACUCAAAGUUAAAUUUGUAAAUAAACUCAAUGAACGUGACUUCAAAUAACUAGAUUAGUAUUAAGAAUUUGAAUACAGUGUUCUAAACGAUAGAUUAAGUUAUUUAGACGUUUUAAAACAUAAUUUUUAUAAAGGGAAGUUUCAUACAACCUUCAACAAUAAGUAACAUUAUGAUAAUAUAAUUAGAUAACACAUUUAAGUAAACUUAACUAAGUGUUCCUAAUUCCCUAAUAACUUUGAAUUGCACGUCAAUUUUAUAUAGCAGUCUGACUUAAUCUACAUAUUUUACUACAAAUACAUAGAUAUAUUUAAUAUCAUAAAAUAUAUUAACGCCAACAAAUUUGAUAGCAUCGUUAAUAUAUGAUUUCUCAAAUAUUAUUGUUGGUUUUAAUAAUUUUAUUCAGCAGAUAUCAGUAUCAUAGUCUUUUAUCUAUGUCAUACUUAAUUAUGGUAUAAUAUUUUAUGAAUUAAAUAUUUAAAAUAAUAGCGUUAGAUAAAUAAAUAUCCCUUUCAACAUAGGAAAUAUCUUCCCAUUUAAUAACUUUUUAGUAUUAACCAAUCCUUCUCAAAUAGUAAUAUUUGAUAUAGUUUCUAAUAAUGUUGUUUUAUUUAAAUCAAUAAAUUAAAAUAACAAUAAAUAAAUAACUUGUGCAGAUUCUUAUCAAUCUUCUCAAAGUAGCUAUUCAGUAGUUUAAUCAAGCGUUGCUCUUUUGUAUAAUUUUCAAAAUUAUUAACCAAAUCUAAUAUUAAAAUUAGUAAAUAAUAAUUCUCCUCCUCCAUAUUAAUUAGGUUCUUAACUCACUUUCUAAUAUUAUAUGACUAGUCUUUAAAGCUAAAUACUAAAAUUGAGUUAUAUUUAAUAAGAUCAAGGUUUAGUAUAAACAAACCUUCCAUUUGUUAUAAAUUAAGUAGGAAAUACAAUAGUUUAGACAUCUGACCUUUUACUGAAUACUAUUGGAGGCAAUGUUGUUGAGUACUAUACCACAAAGACAACAAAUCUAAGAAUAGAAAGUGCUGUCUUAAUAUUUGGUUUCAUUUAAAAAGUUUCAUCUCUUUUACUACCUAGCACUGUAUAAUCAUUAUAGUCAAUAGGGUAGAUUACAAAUGAUGGAUAUAUUGUUUUAAAUGGACUCUAAUCUGCAUUUAAAAUAUUAUCCCUUCCUUAAUCUGAAUAAUCAAUAAUAAUGAACUCAAUUAUUCGUGUGCAUUAUCUUGUUUAAAUCUAAGAAACCCUCUAAUUUGAUGAGCUUAAUCUUUUAGCAUUCACUACUAGUUCAAAGAAUGUUUAGCUUAGUUUCAAUAUGAAAAAUAAUUAUUAUUAAUUUAUUUUAAAAAAUAUUUAUACUUCAGAGGUAAGUGAAAAUCUGAAUUGGGAAAUUGUAAAUAAUUCCUUUGGAUUGAUUAUACAAGGCGCUCCAAGUAAUAUUUAAAAAUAUUUAUCUUACUUUAUGAUAAAGCCAGUCAAAUAGUCUACAGUUCCAAGUUAGGAAACAAUAAAUAUUUUAUUUAGUGAUUUCUUAAAUUCAAGCAAAAAUAUUACUUUAAAAUUGUAAGAUUUCUUAAAUAAUAAUUUGCAACUUUUUAAGUAAGUGGAAGGACUGAAAUUAAAUUAAAGUUUGCAAACAGUUUUUAAUCAAAUUUAUGAUUACAGCAAUUUAAAAAUUGACAAUAUUGACUUUUCUAUUCCAGAUGCAGUAUUCUAAGACUCAGACAUACCAAAAAAUUCCCAUUUAUCAUAGCAAAGCAUUCUACAGUAUUAAGAAAAGAAUAAAGAAAAUAUAAUUUAUUAUUAUUAUCACACAACUUAAAAAGGUGAUUUGGACUUAAAUUAAAUAUAGGUAGGAUAAAACAGUAUAGAUUAUCUAUCUUCUUAUAAUGGAGUUGCAAUUAGCUAAAAUAACUUCAUGAUUGAUACAAACAAUUUUCGCGAAAAGGGAUUACUUACUAAUAAAAUAGAAUAUCAUAGAAUAAUAAUUUGUGCUUAAAAUGAAAUUAAUUAAAUAUGUGAUGAUAUUGAAUUCACUCUUGGAAUAUCUAAUACAUUAGAUAUUUUGCUAAUUGUAUUGACACCGAUUGGCGGCGCAUUAGCUUUCUACUGGAUAUAUCAAAGAUAUUAUGUUAUUAAAUUUUUCUACAAUAUGAAUAAAAUAACAUUCUCAGAUGAAAAAGUUUAUUCAAAUAAUCAUUAUCACAAAUAGAUUCCUAUAAUUACUGACUAAUUUGAAAUAGCAAAGGAACUUUGGAGCAUCUAUAAAGUUAUUCGUAUAGAUAGAAUUGAAUAGAGAGUAUAUUAAUAGAAACUGAAUUUUUAUGAUGAUGAAGAAAAUAUAACUGCCAAAAUGUUUGAAUAAAACAUAAGAAAAACUUCAGAUAUAGCUACAACAUAACAAGGUUCUGGUCAGAACAACUAAAAUGGUAUUGAGAUAAAUUAAAUCAAUAUCGAAAACAAUCUAGGUUCGAAAGUUAAUUCAAGUAAGAAAAUAGAAUUAUCAUAAAAUUCAAUAAUUGGAAUAAAAGGAGAAAGACCUCAAAACUAGAAAAAUAAAUAGCUUUAGUCACAGUCUUCUCACGAAUACGGCCUAAAUAUGCAUGGAAUGCAUCCAGGUGGAAUUAGUACAGGAAGAUAAACUAGUUCAAAUAACUUAAAAUAAGCUCAUAAUAAUGAAGAAAACGAUGUUAGCAAAAAUGCUACAACUCCUGAUAAUUCAAUCAUAAGAACUCAAUUAAAUUAAGAAUUAAAGGAUUGUUCAUUCAGCAAUGCAGCUCCUAUUAAUUAAGAAUAAAUAGCUAAUCCAGAAGUUGAAAAUAAUGAUUAAUUUAGCAGAUAAAAUCCUAAUCUAAUCACUCUAAAUUCUGAAUAAAACUCACCAACUGUAAGAUCAUAAUUUUACAGACAUAAUAACCACAAUCACUCAAUAAUUAGGGAAAAUAAUAUUGAUCAAAUGAAUAUGUCCUUCUUCCAAAGUUAACUUGAGAAAAGUGAUAGUGGAGGUUCAUAGUCUAAUCCGUACUAAUCCUACUAAGAAUUUAUUUACAAAAAUAAAAAAAUUUAGCUAGUUUAGGCUAAUGGCAAUAUUAUCACAAAUUAAUUAAAAGAACCAUUGGCUGAAAGCUAAGGCUACUUAUCUUUUACAAAAUAUUAAGGUCCUCUUUUAUCCUCUUAUCAAGCUAGCUAAUUGUAAGUUAAAAUAGAGUAGCAAAAAAUAGAAGAUGAUAGAAAUCAACUUAUAUUUUAAAAAUGUUUUUAAGAAAAUAAUAUUUAAUUUAAUAAAACAAAUUCUUUUAUUGUCAGAGAUUUGAUAAAUAAUUCAAGAGUUUUUAACUAAAAAGUGUAUGAUCUGUGGAAAAACAUGCAAGUAGUAAAUCCAGUACAGUUAAAUGAUACUCCUGAAAACCCAUAAUUAUUGGAUAACUACGAUUCUCCUAGAUCGAACAGGUAAACUUAUAAAAAAAAUGCUUCAAGUAGAAGUAUACUCAAAAAAAUUUAGUUGUAAUAACAAAAAAAGAAUUUAGUAAUACUUUCUAAAAAUGUUAAUGAAUAAGUUGAAAAAAUUAAAGGCUCGUUUUCAAAAUUAAUUAGAGAUUAACUUGACUUAAAGGAUUAAGUUAAUAAAAGACUAUAAAAUCUAAAAGAAGAAAACAUAAUUGAUGAUUUUUCAGGUAUAAAUGAAGAUAUUUUACUAAAUGAUAUCAAAAAAACACUCACAGGCUACUUAUAGACUAAAAUACAAUAAAGAUUGAACGUUUCUAAGUUCAAAUUUCUUCUCAACUAAGUUUAAACAAUAACAAAUCGCAAAGACGCACUAUCCAGAUAUUUAUUUGUUGAGUGUGCAAGACAUAUAUUAUCCAUAGAUUCUAUAAGUAAAUAUAUUUAUGACUAUCUAAAGAAACUAGCUUUGUUAUACAAUAACUCAAAUGAUUGGUAUAAGUCAUAUCUAUUUAUCAUCGGCCAUAAUUAAGAUAAUUAAAUCUACCCAUUUCCUUCUAUUGUUGUUAAAGAUGAUAUGGUUUAACAGGCAUUUUUUGAUUUGGGAGUUCGUUUUUCUGGUAAAGAAGCUUAAUACAAAGAAAAAAUAAAAAUUGUAGGCUAAGCAUUAGUUGCUGAUGCUUUGGAUUUAAAUAAAUUUUCAAAUAAUUGUGGAGAAAGUCUAUAUUUAAGUCCAGAUGAUUAAAUAUUAUCUAUUAGAGCAAUUAAUAUUCCUGAGAAAUCAAUAGGAGGUAAAAUGAGAUAAUUUAAGAAUUUCGUAUCUUGGAUGAUAGGGAAUUUUGAUAAAUAAUAACUUUUAAAUAAUAUGUAUAUACCCGAAUGGAUGAGCUGUGAUAUUACAUACAACACAGUGCAUAUAAAAGGAAAUCCUAAUAAUAGUUAAGUUGGUAGGUAUUUAAUCAUCAUUAGUGGAAAAAGAAAACACAUUUUACGUUCUUUUAUCCUGAAAGUUUUGAAAUCAAAUUCUUAUAAUUAAUCUCAUAAUACUUAAUCUAAUUAAAUUAGAAUGCCAUUUGAAAGUGAUGGAAAUCUAUUUAAUAAUAGUUUAGGAAAAAACUAAAUUGAAGUAUAAUCACCAUAUAUAGGUAUUAAAUAAGAUGAAAUAAAAUAAUAAUAAAUCGAAUAAUAAUAGUUAUAAUAAUAAUAGCCAUAACCAUAACCAUUAAGAUUAAAAAGUAAAAGCAAAGGUAAAUAAAAAGAAGGCAAAGCAAAUUCUGAUCAAAGUAUAUCAGGAAAUAAAUAUUUACCAAAAACAAAAAGCCUAUUUUAGAAAUCAACUUUACCUCUUAAAAGCUCUAGCUAUAUAAAUUCUCCAAAAAGCUAUAAGAGUACAAUUUAAGUAAAAGGUGAAGCAGAAUAGCCGCGCUUAAGAGGAUUUUCUGAGUAUGUAGAAACAAAUAAAUAUUAAAUUCAUCAUUAAGAUAAAAUUGCUAGACCUAAAUCAUCUUAGCUUAUCGAGGACCUCAAAAACAAUCAAAAUAAUUUAAAGCCUGUUUCUGAAGAAGAAAAUAAUAAUGAAUCUUCUAUAAAAAGCUCUUUUAUAAGCGAAAAUAGGAAUAUUUUCAACUAAAUUCCUCCUCAUUUAGACCAUGUUAUUGAACCUAGAUUUUUCCCAAACAGCAAAGAUAUAUCAGUAAAUAUGUUUGAUGCAAGCUCUAACGAUUUAUAAACACAAAGAGGGUAGUCAUAAGAAGAUAGUAUGACAAACUGA